AUGCUCUCUUCGUGCAGCCAUAACCGCACACUCCCCCCUUCUCUCUGGCCUCUACAUCUCUCACACGCACACUACGCCCACCUGAACCUCGAUUUCUAUUUCUAUCUCAUCACCGACGAGGCCACCGGAAAGAAGAAGCUGAAGGUGAACGCCUGGUUUAGCAGCCGGGUAACGACCGUCGCCAUUCGCACGGCGCUCAGCCACGUCACUAACCUGAUCAACGGCGUCAGGAAGGGUUACCGUUACAAGAUGCAUUUCAUAAACAGAGGCUCUGUUCCACACGCUCCGCCUGUUCAUCGUUUGUGGGAACUGGAAAUUUUGGAUGCCCAUUUCAGCGUCCUCUCGCAGCGGGUGCCGAGGGUUCUGCCGUGGAGGAGAAGUGUCACAUCCGCCAGCACGCACCUCAUCGAGACCUACCCCUCCCUGCAGCCCAAGACCGCCGUCUUCACCCACAACGACGGUCAAUCUCCUCCAGGCCACGGCACCGUCCCAAUCUUCUUCCAGGGCGUCACCUACAACAUCCCCGUCAUCAUGUGGCUCAUGGAUUCUUCCCCAGAAGAGAGGGCCAUUCAUAUGCAAGCUGAGGUUGCUACCUCGUGUAUGCAUUUUGCUGCUUCUCUUUUGCGGCUGCGCCAGGUGGUUGAUGCUAUGGCGGUUGAGAUGCAUGCGGGCUUGGCUUCCGAAGGCGGGUCAAAGCUGAAGAUGCUUCUCACCUAUAUCUGCGACCUCCCUACUGGGAACAAAAAGGGGAUUUAUUAUGCUCUAGAUCUCGGCGGUACCGAUUUUCCGGGUCUUGCGAGUAAAGUUAGAUGGCCAAAGGAGCUUUUUGAUUAUAUUGCAACAUCAUUGAAGGAUUUUGUUGAAAGAGAAGAAAAUGCUUCAGAGCCUUCACAAUCACAAGGGGAAAAAAGUAGACUUGGCUUCACAUUUUCAUUCCCAGUGAAACAAACUUCUUCAUCAUCAGUCAAACUGACGAAUGGAUUCUCUAUUGAUUACAUGGUUGUUAGGGAUGUUGCUAUGUGCUUCCAGGAGGCAAUAUAUCGGAAGGGCCUGAAUAUGCAAGUGGCUUCCCUU